GUCAAAUUGAAUGAGGCCGAUUAAAAGUAAAUAUUCGUGUACAGAAUAACUGAAAAUAUUAUGAAUAAUUAAUUUAUCUGUAUAAUUAUUACUAACAUUACAAUCUAUCAUAAGCAACAAUGGGAAUGUUAUUUAGUUAUUUCAAAAGCCUAAUAGGUACUCGCGAAAUGAGAAUCUUGAUUUUGGGCUUAGAUGGUGCAGGGAAGACGACAAUAUUAUAUAGAUUACAAGUAGGAGAAGUAGUUACGACCAUUCCAACCAUAGGAUUUAAUGUUGAACAGGUCACUUACAAGAACCUUAAAUUUCAAGUAUGGGAUCUGGGUGGACAAACUAGUAUAAGACCUUAUUGGAGAUGUUAUUAUAGUAAUACAGAUGCUAUUAUUUAUGUGGUAGAUUCAGCUGAUAAAGAAAGAAUAGGCAUAUCUAAAGAUGAAUUAGUUCCCAUGCUAAGGGAAGAAGAACUAUCUGAAGCCAUUUUGGUAGUUUUGGCCAACAAACAAGAUAUACCAGGGUGUAUGUCUCUUAAAGAAGUCCAUCAAGCUUUAGGGCUUGAAGCACUGAAAAAUAGGACUUUUCAAAUAUUCAAAACGUCUGCUAUCAAAGGCGAGGGUUUAGAUAUGGCAAUGGAGUGGUUAGCAAACGCCCUGAAGAACAGAAAAUAACACCAAUUCAUUGAAAUUUUCUAGUCUUAAAAAUCACCCAACUGUAAA